AUGGCAAGUCGAGCGCCGAGUUUCGUUGUAGUUGGUCUCGUUCUGAUCACAUUCCUAGUGGGAUUUUUCUACAUGUCAUGUUCGUCAAGAACUACUGAACUACAACGAACUGUCGAUGACUUUGAAAGUCGGAUACGAACGUUGAUGCUCAAAAAUAGUGAUAAAGACAAGCAACUUGAUUCGUUGAACAACAAGAAAACUGCUUUGUUGGAAGAAAAGUUGAGUCUGAAGAAACAACUGGAGAAAAAGGAUGCGGAAAUCAGUGAUCUCAAUACGAAAUUAAAUGAAAGACUAAUGGAACUUCGAACUUUGAAAACGGAUAAACAAAUUCUCGAUCAACGAUUAAAAGAAUUCCAAAAUACAAGUGAUAUGCUGGCGGCGAGAAAUUUUGAUAUUAGUCGAUUGAAGGAGGAAUUAGAUGAGCAAAAAAAAUCUAAUAAGGCGCAAAUGUCACGAUUCGAAAACGAAAUUGACAGUUAUAAAAAUCGAUCAAAGUCUCCAGCUGACCAAUUUCUAGAGUUUGCUAAUCAACGUUUCAAACCAUUAUUAUCAGUUAACGCAACAGUCAAAAAUAUUUCAACAAUUGCUCAAGAACCUUUAACAAAAAUUAGUAAUUCGGCCAAAGAAAUCAAGAAUAGAUUUGCUCCAGUCGUCUCGGACAUAAAAGAGAAAUUCUCAAAUAACUCGAAUAAUAAAAGUGAUCCAAGUGUUGAUCAAAACAUUCCAGCACCACCAAUGGAUAACGACAAAGAACAUGCGAAUCGUCGAUUUGGGAAAGUAGAUGAUGUUGACAAUCAACAACAACGAGAUAUCGAGACUCGUCAACGUCGACAUCGAUCAUUGAAUCGUACUGAUCGUGAUACUGAACAAGAUGAUGGUAAAAAUAAUAUGCAAAAGGUGCCAUCUCGUUUUCGUCGUACGUUUUCCAAUAAUGCUAAUGUUGCCAAUGGAUUAGAUGAAGAGCUUUCUCACUUAUCAAAACACGGUCGAAAACCUCGCAUUCCUGGACGUGAAGAACGUCGAAAUCGUCUGGUGGAUAAUGAAGAUGGAAAUCAAGUAAUACCUAAUCGUGGUCAAAAAUCGGACGAGUAA